CCUUGCGCGGUGGCGGGCGGGAUGCAGCUUCCUUCCGUAGGGGCUUCCCGAGGCAGAGCUCGGUUGCGCCGGCGCUUUCUAGCGGGGCUGGCGGCGGUCUGUCAAUCUGCACGUCCCGUUUUGCCCCGUGCACGGCCACACCCUGAGCGGGAGGCGCAUCUUUGCGAGGCUGACGGACGGACUGCUGCCGCCACCCUCCGCCUCCUCACAGGUCCGCCGCCACACGACGGCUCGAAGCAAGUCCCUGCGCGGCUGCCGCCCCAGACAUGCGCCUCCACAGCGGGGAGAAGCUGGCGAGGGCUCCUUCCUUGCCGGAGGCUGCUCGCGACCAACUCCUUGACUUGGUGCCGCUCCCGCCUGUGGGCAGUCGGCUUCGAGGGACUCAGAAGAGCAUACCUGGCAAAUGGAAAUGAGGACACCAUAGACACACUUGGGAGGCGAAAAAGUUUUACACUGCAAGAAGCGUCGUGAGAAAAGUGCCGAAAUAAAGCCUGUUGUUUUGCUACUUAGGGUUCCUUUCCCCCUGAGCUCUGAACCCGUUCCUCGGCAAUAUUUAAUUCCUCCUGGCAGGACUUGCAGCAAUAAUUUCAAAGGAAACCCCUACUUUGAAAGGGGAAUUCUUGAAAGAAAGGCAAGGUGCUCUGGGCUUGGAGUGGGACAUGAGGAGUAAAAGGAGCUGGGAGCCUGCCUGAUCAGAAUGAAACAGGUGCUGAAAGAUGUUUCAAAUCUGCUGCUAGUUGUGCUCUGUGAUUAUGUUCUUGGAGCAGUGGAAGGUCUUCUCUUGGAGCAACCAACUCAUGUAGCUUUAAGCAAUGGCACAGUGUCAGUAGGCUUCCAGAAUUAUUAUGACAGCAAUGUGACAUUGAAAAACAGCUCCAUACUGCUAAUAGAUGCCAGCACCAACCAAACUGUUGCCAAAAAAAAGCUUCCACAAAACCAGUACCAAGGUAUUGUUGACUUCGAGUGCUUUUAUUUUAAAAGCGCGGGGAACUACCAGUUCAAAAUGGCGUCUGAGAUCAGCAAUGGCACCAAUAGCCUGUGGAAUGUAGAGGAUAUCCCAUUAAGUGUGACAUGGCCUGUAUUUCACAUUGAUUUGAGGAGGAUCUCAAAGGGACUUGGGAGUUCCCUUCAAGUUGGGCUGUUUACCAAUGAACAUUUAUGUCCAAUGAACAAGACAGUGGCUUCUCUGGAUAUAAUACUGACUAGCACCUUAUAUGAACUAGGGCAAUUGAUUGCAAAUGAGACUGUGGGAUUGAGAACUAGCAAAGAACUUGCCCUCUCUAAAUCCCAGUGGGUGAAAGUUGACUGCCAUUUGGUUGGCCAAGUGGCUUAUAUUACUGUAUUACUGAAAUCAACAGAUACCCAUUCAGUCAUUGCUUCAACAGGACCUGUAGACCUCGUGCAUAGAUUUGGAUACCAGCUAACUGUGGUACAAGAAGCGAUCUGUGACUCUUCAGUUGUGGUUUCUGUCAUUUCACCUCCUUGUACUUCUACUGGUGGGCGCGUCACUGUGUUCAAAGAUACCCUUGGGCCUCCUGGCCAAAGGGCACUAAAGCGCCACGAAGGCAUCAUGAAUCCAGAGGACAGCCAGAUGGAGUUCAACUGUACAUUGUUCGAUGAAGGCACAAACAAAUACUGUUUUGAAUUUAGCCAUUUGAGACCAACCAGUUCGCCACCAAGAGCCAAAGAAUGUGUUCUAAUCCAAAGGAAUGUUGGAUACUGGAGCCUUUGGCAGGCCUGGAGUCCAUGUAAUGUGACCUGUGGAGAUGGCAUCCGAAAGCGCUACCGAGAGUGCCUCACAUCAUUCCCAGUCAUGACCAAACAAAAUUGUACUGGGAGACUGCAGGAGACCUCUCCGUGCUCUUUGGAGGCAUGCUCCACCACGAAGUCGUCGCCCAUCGUACCACUGGAUCCUGAAAGUGGACAGAGCACCAAUAAUCUAGUAACUGUCACUGGCAUAUCCUUGUGUUUAUCCAUCAUCUUUGCAACCAUCCUUAUCACCCUAUGGAGGAAGCUUUGCAGAGCCCAAAAAUGCAGCACCCCCAUCCGCUGCGACUCUGCCCACUCGCCUAGCUUCCGGAAGAACUCUGAUGAGGAAAGCAUCUGUCAAAAGCGACAGCAGCGAGUCAGCUUUUCUGAGGGAGGAGAGGCCUCUUGUGCAUCUCUUGGAGAACCUACUGACAUACCCUUGAAUUUCAGAAGAAGCCUUCAUUUUGCUCAAGAAGAUGAAGGAGCUUCCACUGGUGAGAGCUUUCAGUCCAAUGCUAAAAAAAUAAUCCCUCCUAUUUUCAGCUACCGCCUUGCACAGCAGCAGCUGAAAGAGAUGAAGAAAAGGGGGCUUACGGAAACAACAAAGGUUUAUCAUGUAUCUCAGAACCCUUUGACUGACACUGUGGUCAAUACUUCUGUGAGCACAGAAAGCCAAGAGGCAGCGUCUGCAAACAAAUUUAGAAUCAAGUCUCCUUUUUUGGAGCCAACACUUGGUCAUCUCACACUAUCACAGGACAGGCCGUGUUCCAGGGUGGAUUUUAUAAUCUCGCAGGCCAAUCCUAUCCUUAGCCCUAGUCAGUCCCUAAUGAGAAGAGGUCAUCCAAGGUAUCCAGAUAACAAAGGAGAGCAGCUAGAGAGGGGCUACCCAAGAAGUUCACAGUUCAGAAGAACAGCUAGUUUUCAUGAAUCUAGAAAAUCCAAACCAUUCAGAAAGAGAAGCAUGUCCACCCUUACACCAUGCCAUACCUCACACUCUUAUUACGGAGCUAGAAUGUGGAAUCAUGUUCCAGAGGAACAGCAUCAGCUGCAGUCUAAAGUCCUCAGUCAAAACACCGAAGAGCUUAAGCUGUGUUAUGGCACAGGUUUAAUCAAUGAACCAGAGACCUAUGGGGUACAGAAUGCUCAUAAAUGGGAUGCCCCAGAGAAGAAAGCAGAUCUGGUCAGCAGUUGCCAACCUGGGUUGCAGGGGCUGUGCGUGGAUGGAUCAGAGCAGAAGAGAAACAGAAGGGGCCCUCUUCUGAGCCAUACGGAUGCUUGGAGGAAAGAACCUACUAUGCUGCCUGUCAGUCAUGAAAGAGGUCUUGCUCUCAGCCCUACUCAGUACAGAAAGAGCAAAUGCCAGAGCUUCCCAUCUGAUCCGGAAUACCACUUCUACGACAACACUACUUUUGGACUAACUGAAUCGGAGCAGCAAAUGAUGGACCUGCCUGGAUAUUUUGGCUCCAACGAAGAGGACGAAACAAGUACCUUGAGCAUUGAAAAACUGGUGCUCUGAGGACAAUGUUCCAAUAUUGCAGCAACACAGAACCCGUGGGCUAAUGUGAAACAUGGCAAGAAGCCUUUGGUUUUCUAAAAAUGCAAUAAUGGAAGCAAAGUGCCAUUUCUUUCACAGGAUGCCCAGCUGUUACUGCAUUUCGUACUGCAAAUACACACUGAAUCACUUUGGGAAAGCUAAUGAAAAAUGAUAUCCUGGCUUAGAAACAAGUUCUCAAUUCUUUUGCACUGAAAAAUGCCCUGACCCAGUCAUUGUUUGGCUUUGCAUGCUUAGAUUCUUCUCUUCAAGAUUUCCCCCAUCCUAAAGAAUAAAAUAAAAAAACAUUUUAAGAGCUGAUUCUAUAGGCUGUCCUGCCCUGACCCAGCAGGAUGAAAUCCCUGGAAUGUGGCAUUUCCCCCAAGGCCCAUGAGUGCAGCCUUGGACCUCUACAUUUGUGCUGUCAUGAAGAUUAAAGAAUACAGUUUAGUAGUUUGUGCUGGGGUUAUAGUAGCAGCUGGGGCACAAUUGGAUUGCUCUAUUUUUUCUUAAACCAGCACUGUAUUACUGGAUUCUGCUUUGGGGUUUAAACCAUUGUUGUGUCAGAGCAACUAAACAAACUUGAUAGGCCUUAGAUUUAGCCAAGGGUCUCUAGAUCAUAGUUUUCAUGUCUGGUUACAGAGCAGUCCUCUGCUUUAGAGAGGAAGGAGGGUUACUUUCAAACAAAUGGUCUUCUACCUACAGGGAAACAUUUACACUGGUCUCACCCUGGAGGAUGAGGGGUUUGCAGUACACUUUGGAUUCUGGUUUCCUUUGGAAGGAGAGUCACUGCAAAUUGACAGUGUAUUUGUAAUAUUUGAUUUAUUUACACAAAUAUCCAGGUUGAACAUUGGAUGAAGAUAACAUAUUCUUAGAAGUCAGCAGCAGAUUACAUCAGCAAGGCCAAACUCUGAAUCCUGCAAUGUGACACCUCUCUCAGAUCCUUCCUUCAGUCCACCAUGUUGCUUUCCACACUAGGUUCACACACGCACAUCUGGGGUGGGGGGCAGCGGUGGCGGCAAAGGAGAGAUCAGAGAAUCUUCCCAUUAGUCUCUGCCAGGAAGCAGGAAGUAUGUGACUCACAUUUCCAAAUGGCAUCCUCCUUCAGGAUGAAAGUUCAGAAUCAGCAACAGUAAUAUUAACUUACAAAAGAAUAGCCAGUCAGCUAACUACUCCAAACUCUCAACAAUAUACUUUCCAGACUUCAAGAAGCUACUCCUGAAGUAUCUUUUCAAAAUUAGUCCGGUUUAUCAUUUGGGGCUCUUUCUUGAUUGAUGGGCAGUUGGUUCUAGAAGUUUGAUCCCUUCUGAAAGUAAAAAACAUAGACUGAAACAGAACUUUUAAAAGUAGUUUAUCAUACUUUAGUUUAUCAAAUUGUAGAUAUUGGGGAGGAGAGGAACUUUACUCCCCACUCCUACUUUAAUACAUGGGAUAACCAGUUAUUUGACUGUGAUAGUCAUCUUUCUACUAUUGCUACUUUUUUCAUAACGUCUUUUAACUUGCAUUAUGAAAAUGCCCUGGAUGAUGUAAUUUAGUAUCACUGUUUGUUCAGAUUUUAGCAGAAGGUUGAGGCAGCUUAUAGUUCACAGACUAUACUCUGUGGACCCAUAGGCUUUUGUUAAAAUCUUAAAAGUUACCAGUUCAAUUUAUUCAAUAAUAAAGUAUUCGUAAAGAUGCACA